AUGGAGGCACAUGUGGAGGAAGUGAGGAAGCUGGAGGAGCUUUUUGAUGGAUUGCAAAAAGAGCACAUACCACUUGCGGAAAACAGCAUCGCUGAUCAUCUGUCAAAAUGCGCUGCACAGAAGCUCCCUGUGGAACCAAGGACCUUUGUUCUCCACCUAACUCAACCCUCCGUAUCCCCGACGGCGAUGGCCAGAAAAAGGAGGAAAUUGGACUCCGGCAAGUAUCAUCCGCCAGAGCUUCCCAAAGCCCCCGGUAGAGAGGUUGCCAGGAAAAACUCCACUUCUCCUGGUGAGCAGCACCCUCCCGCCGAACUACAGCUUCUUGCGGUUGAGAUAUGCGCUCCCACAAAUGAGGAGGUGCCAUUUGUCCUUGUUGCCGAGCCUCAGGCUCCGACUAGGGCACGACACAUAGUUCACUACCUCCAAACUGGAGAACUUCCCGAGGAGCAAGAAGACAUUGAAAGAGUAGCCCGGAGGUCUAGUAUGUAUCAGUUUGUCGAUGACAUGUUAUACAGAAGGAGGUCCAACAGUGUGAAAUUGAAGUGCAUUUCUCGGGAAGAGGGGAAGGAACUGCUGGCAGAGAUACACAAAGGUGCGUGCGGCUCUCAUAUUGGAUCAAGAGCCUUGGUCGGAAAAGCUUUCCAGCAAGGUUUCUACUGGCCCAUGGCCCUCCAAGAUGCGAUCAAGCUAGUCACCCGGUGUGAAGCCUGCCAGUUCCACUCCAAGAACAUCCAUCAACCUGCUCAAGCUCUCUAG